AAAAUGAGAUGCUUGCGGAAACGAUCAGCAGUAUCAUUCUUAGGAGUCCUUGUCAUUUGCCUGCUGUUCAUGAACUUGUACAUUGAAGAUGGUUAUGUCUUGGAAGGGGACAAGCAAUUAAUCAGAGAAACAGCCACACACCAGCUUAAUUCAGAGCGCUAUGUUCACACUUUUAAAGACUUGUCAAAUUAUUCAGGAUCUAUAAAUGUUUCCUAUCGCUAUCUAGCUGGCACACCUUUGCCAAGGAAAAGGUAUCUUACAAUUGGACUAUCCUCAGUCAAACGGAAAAAGGGGAAUUAUUUGCUCGAGACGAUCAAGUCCAUAUUUGAGCAGUCAAGUUAUGAGGAACUGAAGGAAAUUACGGUGGUGGUUCACCUAGCAGAUUUUGACUCAUCCUGGUGUGAAGGGAUGGUCCAGGAUAUUUCACAGAAAUUUGCCCAUCACAUCAUUGCUGGCAGGUUAAUGGUUAUCCAUGCCCCUGAGGAGUACUAUCCAGUACUGGAUGGCCUUAAGAGAAAUUACAAUGACCCAGAAGACCGUGUGAAGUUCCGAUCCAAACAAAAUGUAGAUUAUGCUUUCCUGCUUAACUUUUGUGCUAAUCUUUCUGAUUAUUAUGUCAUGCUAGAAGAUGACGUUCGAUGCUCUAAAAACUUCUUGACUGCUGUUAAGAAAGUAAUUACCUCGCGAGAAGGUUCCUAUUGGGUGACUCUGGAGUUUUCCAAACUGGGCUAUAUUGGAAAGCUAUACCACUCCCAUGACCUCCCACGCCUGGCUCAUUUUUUGCUGAUGUUUUACCAGGAAAUGCCUUGUGAUUGGCUGCUAAUCCAUUUCCGUGGGUUGUUAGCUCAAAAGGAUGUCAUCCGCUUUAAGCCAUCUCUGUUCCAGCACAUGGGAUAUUAUUCAUCCUACAAAGGAGCUGAGAACAAGCUAAAGGAUGACGACUUUGAAGAGGAUUCGUUUGACAUCCCUGACAACCCGCCCGCAAAUCUUCACACCAACAUGAAUGUAUUUGAAAACUACGAGGCAAGCAAGGCUUACAGCAGCAUUGAUGAGUACUUCUGGGGAAAAGCUCCUUCUACUGGAGAUCUCUAUGUGAUUGUCUUUGAAAAGCCUAUUAAAAUCAGUAAAAUUAAAGUUAUCACUGGAACAGAAGACCGGCAAAAUGACAUCUUGCAUCAUGGAGCCCUGGAAGUUGGGGAAAAGAUUGUAGGGAGCAAAAAAGGGAGGCAAUGUACUACUUACUUGAGACUAGGGGAGUUCAAAAAUGGAAAUUUUGAAAUGACAGAUGUGGAGCACAAUGUUCUGUUUGAUAUUAACUGCAUGAGAAUACUUGUUACCAAAAGUCAAAAGGAAUGGCUGAUCAUUAGGAGCAUUAGUAUUUGGACUUCUCAGACACCAAAUCAAUAA